AUGGCGUCGUUUAAAGACGCAUUUUUCGGCAGAUUUGACUGUAUAAACACAGAAAAGUGAAGAUUAUUUACCUAAAGGAAAAUGGACUCGUACCCUAAGUGUUAAUAGUGGUACCUAGUGUAGUGUGUACUAUUCGUGUAGUAUUUGGUGCGUACUUAUUUGUGAAACAUGUCGCGUGAUCCUCGCGACCCUAGAAAAGGUUAUUACAACCGGGAUUGGGAUAGAGACCGAGAUCGUGAUCCGCGAAAUCGUGACCGUGAAUACCGGCAUCCCAUCCCGAAGCGAAGCCGCAGCCCGCUGAGAGACGAAAAGCGGCGUAGUCGCUCUCCAAGGAUGAAACUUGAUAAGGACUUGGAUGAGAAUAUUUUGAGCGAGAUUGCCAAGCUGCCUGAGCCGAGCGAGUUAUGGGAGCCGAACCAGUUCCCAGAUGCGGGCUUUGCGCCCCCUCCGCCGUCUUUUCAACAGUCAGAGUCUAAUCCUUCAUUCAGCAACUACCCGCCACCUUCCUACUCUGGAAUCUAUGAUGACUUCCCUCCCAUUGCCGCGGUGCCUCCAACCCCGCACCCACCGGAGAUCGGCAACUGGAACCAGCUCUCGUUGCCACCGCCACCUACAGCACCUCCACAAUUCAAUGUUGAAGAUCAGAUUAAGAAAGAAGCGGCGAUUGAGUCGGAAAUGCGCCACCAGAAGGCUGCACUGUCCAAGCAGCGCGAGGAAUACAUGAAAAAGGCGGGAAUUUUGAAAAAGGAACUCGAAACUCUAAAAGACCAGCGCAACGAGCUACGCGGUGACCCGAAGCGAUCGCCUUCGCCAGACACUAAACGGUUUUUAAAGGAGAAUACCAAACUACAGUUGGAGAUUCAGAACAAGCUGAAGACCAUCAACAAUGUGGUGGACAUGCUGAACGGCAUCAUCGGGGAGGAGGCUGAGGCGGCCCAGGACUCUGAAGACUCCGGCACCGACUUGAAGAGCAAAAGGAAAUCCAGGUCGCCAACGAACAAGAAAUUCAACUAUGUGUACUACGACCCCGAGAUGCAUUGGUGCCGCGUGUGCAACGAGUUCCCUCCCACGGCUAAGGAUUACUUGAACCAUCUACACUCCUCGGCUCAUCAGAAAAUGGCGGCAGCCCACAUGGAAGCCCCGUGGCACAGCGUGACGACGGCCAAUGAAGGGUUCCCCAGCGUUCCCUCGGCGCCAACUAAGCGGACCCCUAUCAGAGGUUUACAAUUCUUCGUGCCAUCAACGGCGUGGUACUGCAAGCUGUGUGACCAGUUCAUCGGCGACCUGCACUGCGCGUCUGCUCAUCUCAAAUCCAUCGUGCAUUCCAAAAACUAUACUAACUUCGUAGAGCAGAAUCCCCACUGGGAGACCGAUUGGAUGUCAGACCGCCAGAAGGCGUUCGAAAAGGCCCGCGGCUCUAAGGCCAAGGAAGAUCCCGCCAAGGCCGCCCAGCAAGCUAGCAGAUAUGCCGCACACACCAUCACAUUCAACAAAGAUGGUUUCCACACAAAACGUAAGGACAGCCCGCCGCCGCUACCCGUAGUGAAAGAUGAGAAGCAGAAAAAGAAGAAGAAAGAAAAGAAAAAGAAGAGCAAGAAGAAGAAGGACAAGAGCUCCAGCAGCAGCUCAUCCAGCUCCUCCAGCAGUUCCGAGAGCGAUAGCGUCUCUAAGAAGAAGAAAAAGAAGUGGCUAGCAGCAGAGGCACGUUUGAACGAGAGUGAUCGGCAACUUCUAGACUCUCUUAAGAGCCGGAUGACCAGAAAUCGGGAUGCGCCCGUCCGGGACAAUAGGGACCCGAGGGAUCCAAGGGACCCUAGGGAUAACAGAGAUAGGGGCGCGUCUAGGAAGAGGGAGCCAGAACGUCGUCCGUCCCGGUCGCGUUCGUCGCGAGAGCGCGAGGGCUCGCGCGGGCGGGAGCGGGAGCGGGAGCGAGAGCGAGAGCGGGAGCGCCGCUCCGGCUCGAGGGGCCGCAGCCCCACUAGCGCCGCCAGGAAACCAGAGAUCAGGAAGAUGCCAUUCAUCGGUAAAAUGCCCGUGUACAAAAAUUUGACGAAAACAACUAAAACUGAAGAACAGAAGAAAGAAGACGUAAAAAAGAAGGAAGAAGAGGAAGCCACUAAAAAGAGGCGGGACGAAAUGGACGCCGAGAUACAAAAGAAGGUGGCGGAGUUCAAGGAGAAGAUAGCCCGCGCGCAGAUCCAGCACGAGAUCGGGCCGCCCGCUGUAGCGCUGCCCACCUCGCUCGGCGCGCCCGUCGCCUUCCUGCCGCCGCCGCCCGCUGUAGCGCCGGCUCCGGCUCCGGCUCCCCCGCCGCCGCAGCCCGCCGCGCUGCUGCCAACACCACCCCCGCCAGCACCGAGUAACCUCUCCAAAGACUUCCAAGACGCGCUCGACAUCAUCUUCCCCUCUGAAGUGAAAAAACAAGCCGACGCCCUCCAAGCCCAACAGGAACUCUUCGCGGCCGCCAUGCCCUUCGGGCCCCUAGGAGGAGUCAUGCCGCCCUUCCCCCCACUAGGCCUCAUGCCCCCACAGAUGCCCCCCGGCAUGAUGAUGGGCUUCGAAAUGAACCACCCUCCACCUCUCAACCCUAACCUCUUCCCACCCAGACCUCAACUAUACGACACUCAUGUACCCCUAGUGCCCAGCCCGAAACAUCGCCAGCAAAAUAAGAGACCUAUGAACAAACAUAACAACCAUAACAAACCCAAUCAAAAUAACCAGAAUCAGAAUAAGCCGCCGACUCCCCAACCUCAAAAGCAGCAGAAUCAGCAGGCCCAAAAGCCGGCAGAGAAGCCGAAAGAGGAAAACGGGAGCGUGGCAAAGAAGAAGGAGGAAUUAGACGAGUUGGCUAUGUUAGGAAUCGAUGCUGGUGACGUCGCGGGGAUGUAGAUAAGAAUAUCUACAGGUUUAAUAAAUACUUAUUAAGAUAGGAUAGUUGGAUAGAUUUGAAUUAUGUUGUCCUUAUAUUUUUGACAGAUUUCGCCAAAAUUGUAUCGAGAGAUAUAGCUUCCCACUAUUUUUAUUAUAUUAUUGGUGCAUGUGCAAUUUAGCUGCAAGUCCUAAAACACCACUAAGCUAAAAAAGAUAUAAUCUGUCUCAAAUUCAGAUUUACUUGAUUGUUAUCAAAUCCUUAAUAGUCUUAAGUCUUAUUAAAAGUUUGACAACAAAAUAAAGAUUGAUCCGUUUACUAUCAAACAAGUUGUAUAAUCAGUCAACUAACAAUUAACAUGUGUUGUAUUUAAUGUAAGCCUGGCAUUCGAUUAUCAUUUCUGUAAGCUAAAGCUUAAUCAUUAUGGCAUGGUCGCCAUGUAAGGAUAUUUUGUUAUUGAAAUAGGCACUGUGGCACUGGAGCUUUAGUAGUUUCAUGUGUUCUGCCUACCCCUUUAUGGGAUACAGGCGUGAUUGUAUGUAUGAAAUAGGCAAUACAAUGUAAAAAAUCAUCAGGUGACAACCAAAACUCAUCAGAAGUUCAUUACCGUGGUGAAACAUAUUAGUACCAAAAAGUCUAUUUUAGGCUGUCAUUUGAAUAUUAGUCUCAGGCACAGGAUGCCUCAGUAAAUUAUGAAUUGACUCCCUAAAUGCUGGGACCGCGAUAUCUUGAAUCCAAUAAAAAAAAUUACUUUUAACCCUUUUAGACCCACUUACACCAACCACUUAACUCAGGGUGAGUGGGUUGACAUCUGUCAAAUUCUAUAUAAAAUGGUGGGUUAACCCGAGGGGUUUUCGUUGGUGCAAGUGGCCCUUACCAAGACACAGAGCAUAUCAAGUGGUAUCGUGAACUUUCCAAAAUGCAUUAAGGUGGAUUAUUGAGCUGUAGCCGCGCGCGUCAGUUAGUACCUUUGACAAUCCAAUGGGUAAUUCCAUGUAACAGAGUAAUGUAAGUGACCAAUUAUUUGCAUGUUUUUUUAUUCAUGGUGCUAAUUUAAAUAUCAAUAUAUCUAAGGAUUAAAAGUAGGCUUAUCU